GAUCUUUCUUGGGCUCAUAUAGGCCCUCGUAGUCUCGACUUUUCUCGAAUCCCGCUCGGCAAAGUUUUAGGGUUUUGGUUUCUUAGAGAAGCCGCAGCGACGGAAGCGCCAGUAGUACCGUAGUCGCUCACCCCGAUCGCUUUGCUCGACGUGGGUGAUUUCUAGUUUUAUCUGCUGCAAGCUCUAAGAGAUCCAUCGGCCUUGUGAAAUGGCGGCUGCGCGGCUUCUUAAGGAUGAAGCUACCGAGGAGAAAGGAGAUCGGGCGAGGAUGGCAUCGUUCAUUGGUGCCAUGGCAAUUGCCGACUUGGUGAAGACAACUUUAGGGCCAAAAGGAAUGGACAAGAUAUUGCAAUCAACUGGCCGAGGACGCAAUGUUACUGUUACUAAUGAUGGUGCUACUAUCUUGAAGUCACUUCACAUUGACAAUCCAGCUGCUAAGGUCCUUGUUGAUAUAUCCAAGGUUCAAGAUGACGAGGUCGGUGAUGGGACAACAUCGGUUGUUGUUUUGGCUGGAGAACUUCUGAGGGAGGCUGAAAAAUUAGUCAAUCAAAAAAUUCAUCCGAUGACCAUUAUUUCAGGCUACAGAAUGGCUGCUGAGUGUGCACGUAAUGCUUUACUGCUGAAGGCUAAGGAUAACAAACAGGAUCCAGAUAAGUUUAAGUCAGAUUUGAUGAAAAUUGCUAUGACAACUUUAAGUUCAAAAAUACUCUCCCAGGACAAGGAACAUUUUGCUAAACUAGCAGUCGAUGCUGUUUUGAGGCUUAAGGGCAGCACAAACUUGGAGUCUAUCCAGAUUAUUAAGAAGGCUGGAGGUUCGCUUAAAGAUUCAUUUCUAGAUGAAGGGUUUAUUCUUGACAAGAAAAUAGGAAUUGGUCAACCAAAACACAUUGAAAAUGCCAAGAUUUUGGUGGCAAACACUGCUAUGGAUACUGACAAAGUCAAAAUAUAUGGGGCUCGAGUUCGUGUUGAUUCGAUGGCUAAAGUUGCAGAGAUCGAGGGGGCUGAAAAGGAGAAGAUGAAACAAAAAGUGCAGAAAAUCAUAGCUCAUGGCAUCAACUGUUUUGUCAACAGGCAGCUGAUUUAUAACUUCCCUGAGGAACUCUUUGCAGAUGCUGGUAUUCUUGCCAUUGAGCAUGCUGACUUUGAUGGAAUUGAGCGGCUAGCCUUGGUGACUGGUGGUGAGAUUGCAUCAACUUUCGAUAACCCGGAGUCUGUUAAGCUUGGACAUUGCAAGCUGAUUGAGGAGAUAAUGAUUGGGGAGGACAAAUUGAUUCAUUUUUCUGGUGUUGAGAUGGGUCAGGCCUGUACCGUUGUUCUAAGAGGUGCAAGUUCCCAUGUGCUGGAUGAAGCAGAAAGGUCUUUGCACGAUGCCCUCUGUGUGCUGUCUCAGACAGUGAAUGAUAGUAGGGUCUUGCUUGGGGGUGGAUGGCCUGAGAUGGUGAUGGCUAAGGAGGUAGACGAACUUGCUCGUAAGACUCCAGGGAAGAAAUCUCAUGCCAUUGAGGCUUUCUCGCGAUCACUCCAAGCAAUACCUACAAUCAUUGCCGACAAUGCUGGUCUGGACAGUGCUGAGCUUAUCUCUCAGCUUCGAGCUGAGCAUCACAAGGACACAACUAACGCUGGAAUUGACAUCAUAUCUGGUGGUGUUGGAGAUAUGGACAAGCUAGGGAUAUCAGAGGCCUUCAAGGUGAAGCAAGCUGUUCUUUUGUCAGCAACCGAGGCAGCUGAGAUGAUAUUGAGGGUUGACGAGAUUAUCACUUGCGCGCCACGGAGAAGGGAAGAUAGAAUGUGAUUUUGAUGCAUCACCUCAACCUUGAGCAUGCCUCGACGAUAAUAUCGUCGAGGGGUUUGCAUGCAAUGUUUUCUAUGGGGAUGAGUGCUUAUGAACAAUUGAGUUGAUUUCUGUACCCAACCGUGUGCUUUAUCUAUUUCUUGAUCAAGUAAACUAUUAAAUUUGAACA